UUUUCUCUGUGCUUCCUUUUUUCUUUGCCUAUCUCACAAGAUUCUAUUAUCACCCUCACAACAGGCUCAGUUUGCCAAUAAAUUUUUGCAUUACAAAAAUCAAAACCAAAAAACAAAAAGAAAAACCCCUUAAAUUCACAUUGACAACACUCUCCUUCCUCUCAACGCCGAACCCCUUUUGUAGCCUACUUCUUCAAUCCCUAAUUUUCAUUUCAUAUUUCACACACAACAACCACCCCUCGUUUUGCACCCUUUUCUCUAUCUGCACCAAGACCUGUUUUUGAUCGCACCCCCCAGCUUCUCUCACCCCUAAUUUUUUAUGCCCACCAUUUCUCUUUUUGCCCACUUCGCUAUUGAUUCGCCCCCACACUUCAACUGUGUUCGGAUUCACCCUUUUCCAUUAGGGUUUUAAUCAUCUCAACUCUCCUCUUAUUACAACCAACCAACUUUUUCAUUUCUGGAUUCAUUUGGGUGUCUUGCAAAAUCUGGGCUUUCUAACUUUUGGGGAUUCGUUUGGUAGUUGCCGGGGCUCUUUGAAAUUGAGGGUUUUCAUCUUUUUGUGCUGUUUUUGGGUAAUACCCUGAAUUGGUUUAGUGGAAUUUUACAGCUUUUUUUUUUUUCAAUUUAAUUUUUUUUUUGAAGUGGGGGAGGGAAUAAAGUCCUUUCCUGGUUUGUUUGUGCAAGGGGAAAUUUUUCCCUUCUAAAGUUUGAGUGAGAAAACUAAGAUAAUAGCUACUGCUGCAAGCUUUUUUGUGUGUUUGGGAGUUUGAAUAUUGGUUGUUGGAGUUAUCUAGAAGGAGCUUUGGUGGUGGUGGUGUGCUGGUUUGGGUUGGUAGGUUUAGUUGGGAGUGUUGAAACAUAGGCUUGCAUGGGCGAACAUGAGGGGUGGGCACAGCCACCUAGUGGGCUAUUGCCAAAUGGUUUGUUGCCCAAUGAAGCUGCCUCUGUGAUACAGGUGCUUGACUCAGAGCGGUGGAUGAAAGCUGAGCAAAGGACUGCAGAGCUGAUUGCCUGCAUCCAGCCUAAUCCGCCCUCUGAGGAGCGCCGGAAUGCAGUUGCCGACUAUGUCCAACGGCUGAUCACGAAGUGCUUCCCUUGCCAGGUGUUCACCUUUGGAUCUGUACCCCUCAAAACAUAUUUGCCUGAUGGAGAUAUUGACUUAACAGCAUUCAGUAAGAAUCAAAAUCUGAAGGAUACAUGGGCACAUCAGGUUCGUGACAUGCUGGAAAAUGAGGAGAAGAAUGAGAAUGCCGAGUUUCAUGUCAAGGAGGUUCAGUACAUCCAGGCUGAAGUGAAGAUUAUAAAGUGUCUCGUUGAGAAUAUUGUAGUAGACAUUUCAUUUAACCAGCUUGGAGGGUUGUGCACCCUUUGUUUUCUUGAGGAGGUUGAUAAUCUGAUUAACCAAAAUCAUUUAUUCAAGCGUAGCAUUAUCCUUAUAAAAGCUUGGUGUUACUACGAGAGCCGAAUACUUGGUGCCCACCAUGGACUUAUCUCAACUUAUGCCUUAGAAACCUUGGUUCUUUACAUUUUUCAUGUUUUCAACAAUUCUUUUGCUGGACCACUUGAGGUAUUGUAUCGAUUUUUGGAGUUUUUUAGUAAGUUUGACUGGGAUAAUUUCUGUGUAAGUCUAUGGGGUCCAGUACCUAUUAGUUCUCUCCCAGAUGUGACAGCUGAACCUCCUCGAAAAGAUGGUGGAGAUUUACUGCUGAGCAAGUUAUUUCUCGAUGCCUGUAGCUCAGUUUAUGCUGUUUUCCCUGGUGGCCAAGAAAAUCAGGGGCAACCCUUUGUCUCCAAGCAUUUCAAUGUUAUUGAUCCUUUGCGUGUCAACAAUAACCUUGGCCGUAGUGUCAGCAAAGGGAAUUUCUUUAGGAUACGCAGUGCCUUUGCAUUUGGAGCAAAAAAGCUGGCUAGGUUACUUGAUUGUCCAGAGGAGGAAUUGUUUUCUGAGGUCAAUCAGUUCUUUUUUAACACUUGGGACAGACAUGGAAGUGGGGAAAGGCCUGAUGUUCCAAGCAUUGAUUUACAGCGUUUGAGUUUAUACAGUCAUGAUCAAUUACAGCGGUCUGAGAAUCUCCGGAACAAUAACCAUAAAAUUGAUAAUGCUUCCAAUCAUGAACCUAAUGAAGGGGAACAUGUUUCACAAAGUGGUCUAUCUCAGUAUAGUAAUUUAUCAUCUGAAAAGUUAUCUAGAAGUGUUGUUUCUACAGUGUCACAUACUCAGUAUCCAAAGAGUUAUGGAAGCCAAAAUAAUUCAAGGACCUUUGAUCAAGUCCAAAGGGAAACUAAUUCCAAUCAAGGUGCUCAUGUUGAUAAGGGUCAGAGAAAUGUUAAAGCUGAUAACCUACUGAGUGAUGUUCAAGGAAGGUUUCUAUUUGCCAGGACACGAUCUAGCCCUGAGCUGACUGACUCAUAUGGUGAUGUUUCUUCCCAAGGAAGGCGUACAAAAGCAACAGAAAGUAAUAAAGGCCAGAGUUCCUUUGCAAAUUUGGAGAAUAAUCGUAGGAAGAAUGUUGAGCUUGAUGUAGCUGCAAGAACCGAUGAGUCAUCUGCUAGGCACAUCUCAUCUCGUCAAGUUCUUGAAAAUGCUGCUGAUUCCAAUAGUAAUCAUGAUGAAUCAGGCGCAGGUGUCAUCAGUGAAGAGUUUGCAUCUGUUGCUGGUGCUGGUGGAAUGCAGAUGAUGCAUCAAGAGGAGCAGGACCUUGUGAAUAUGAUGACAUCUCCCACAGCUCAGGGUUUCAGUGGUCAGACUCAUCUUCCAAUGAAUAUUGCACCAGGUCACCUACCAUUUCCCUUUCCACCUUCCAUUCUUGCAUCAAUGGGAUAUGGUCAGAGAAAUAUUCCCUUCAUUGAGGCUCCUUGGGGUACUAAUAUGCAAUUUUCUCAAGGUUUCUUCCCUUCACCGUUAACUUCAUAUUUCCCUGGUGUAGGAAUGACCUCAAACCCUCAAGAUUUACUUGAAACUAACAAUGAGAAUUUCAGUUCGGUUGAGAUGAACUUAACAGAAGCUGAUAAUGAUUACUGGCAUGAACAGGAAAGGGGUUCUGCUAGUGAGGCUGAAGUUGACAACGGGAAUUUUGAAAUGCUUCCAGAGGAUAGGCAACAGUCUACUUCAGGUAGUUAUAACUCUGCCCCGUUGUCUCGGGUAGGCAGCACCAACAGCAACAGUUCUGCAAGAGUUCAACAGAAGUUUGCUAGAGAAAACCGGGGGUCAACAAGAGAUGAGCAUAUCGAUAAUUUUCAUUAUCAAGAUAACCGAAGAAAUGAGGUUUACUUUGAUGAUAGAACAGCGAAUUCUGAGUUGUCUAGUGCACCUCCUUCGAGCUCCUUCAGGAGUAGGACCUCUUCUGAAAGCUCUUGGGAUGGGUCGUCAGCCAAAUCUUCAAAAUCAACAAGGGAGAGAAGGGGGAGAAAAAAUACUCCGACAAUGCCAUCUCCUGUUUAUGCUAAGGGUAAGAAUGUUUCAGAAAUUUCAUCUAAUCGAGUAGAUGAUGAGAACAGAGAUUGGACUCCUUUGUCGACUAUGGCAUCUGAUGUGUCAGAAAAAAGCACUUGGUCCACAUCUGGUACUUCCAUGAAUGUUCAAAGGAAUCAAAUAUCUGGUUUAGAAACUGCUCAGACAAGUGGAUCAGAUUCUCCAUUACCCAUAGCUCCAGUGCUUUUAGGUCCUGGUUCUCGCCAAAGAGGAAUCGAUAAUUCUGGGGUUGUACCAUUUACAUUCUAUCCUACAGGGCCACCUGUUCCCUUUGUUACAAUGCUUCCUUUAUAUAAUUUUCCAACUGAAUCUUCUGACACUGCAACAAAUAACUUCAAUGUGGAAGAAGGGGCAGAUAACAGUGAUUCAAGUCAGAAUUUUGAUUCAUCUGAGGGAUAUGAACACCCUGAGGUGUCAAACUCAAGCCCUUCCAAUUCUGUGACAAGGGUGGCUAGUCAGUCAUCAGAGCACAAGCCUGACAUUCUUAAUAGUGACUUUGUUAGCCACUGGCAAAAUUUGCAAUAUGGUCGAUUUUGUCAAAACUCACGUGGUCCACCUUCAAUGAUCUAUCCUUCACCUGUUAUGGUGCCUCCUGUUUAUUUGCAGGGUCGAUAUCCUUGGGAUGGUCCUGGAAGACCUCUUUCUGGUAACAUGAAUAUUUUCAGUCAGCUUAUGAGCUAUGGGCCUAGACUGGUUCCAGUUGCUCCUCUUCAAUCAGUUUCUAAUAGACCCACUAAUAUCUAUCAACGUUACGUAGAUGAUAUGCCACGGUAUCGAAGUGGGACGGGAACCUACCUUCCAAAUCCGAAGGUUUCUGUUCGGGAUCGCCAUUCCACAAAUAGCAGAAGGGGGAAUUACAACUAUGAUAGAAAUGACCAUCACGGUGACAGAGAAGGAAAUUGGAAUACGAACUCAAAGUUGCGAGGAACCGGGCGUGGGCAUAAUCGCAACCAAACAGAGAAGCCCAGCUCAAAGCCAGAGCGAUUGUCAACAAGCGAGAGCCGUGCUGAGAGACCAUGGGGUUCACAUAGGCAUGACUCAUUCAUUCCUCACCAGAAUGGUCCAGUCCGCUCGAAUUCCUCGCAUAGUAAUCCUUCCAACGUAGCUUAUGGAAUGUACCCUAUACCGACAAUGAACCCAGGCGGGGUUUCGUCAAAUGGACCAACAAUGCCAUCUGUUGUAAUGUUCUAUCCUUAUGAUCAUAAUACUGGCUUCAGUUCACCAUCGGAACCGCUUGAGUUUGGGUCUUUGGGACCAAUGGGUUUCUCAGGUGUCAAUGAUCUGUCACAGGCAAAUGAUGGAAAUCAAUCUAGUGGAGCAUUUGAAGAGCAAAGGUUUCGUGGUGGUCACACCCAACGAUCUUCGCCAGAUCAACCCUCCUCACCUCAUGUCUCAAGGGGCCCCUGAUUCUACUGUGAGAUCAGUGGCCAGGAGGAAUUAACAGUUGAAAGAGGAGGUUGUUCCUCCUUUUUCAUAGCAGGACACGGCAGGGCAUGUAACUGGGGAAUACUAUCUGUCCAUUUCAUGGCAUUAUUGUUCUCAAACAGAAAGAAUGCAAGUCCCUUGUUUAUGCCCCAGGCUCUUGCAUGUACACUUACAGUUGAUUGACCAACUUUGGUUAAGUUUGUCCCAUCCAAGACCAUGUUUGAGGAUGAAUGAAGAUAAUGAUGACAAAGAGGAUGCACGACUCUCCUCCCAAUCUACCUAAACUAAACAAAAAAGGGAUGGAAGACUUGGUGAUCAGAUUUUCAUUCAAAAGUUUAGACACAUUUGUAACCCAACCAAAGUAGAAAACUGGCUUAGGUUCAGAGUUUAGAAAAUUUACCAUGUUAUAGAUUUGUCAGCUUCUCUUUUAUACAAUGUAGUUGGGUACUUGUUUUAGAACAUGCACAAGAUCUCUGCUCAACUUUUGAACAUCGUUAUAGCUUAGCAAUAAAAUUGUCGUGAGAUAAUAUUUAGAUGUCAAAUCAUCUAUAAAAGGAUAAAUGAUUAUAAGGA